AUGAACUUCCCGAACAUUUCCAAAAAGAUGGUGGCCCCGGGAGGGGGCGGGAUGAAGAACAGCGGAGGGGACGACAGGGGGGGGGAGCACAUCACCGGGAAUUUCGACCCCACAGCGUUGGAAAGAGGAGCGAAGGCCCUGAAGGAGCUGGAUCAGUCGUCGAAUUCGAAGAAAGCAUUCGAACUAAUCAAACUACAGGAGCUAACGAAGCAAAAGGAGUAUGAAAAACAAAUGGAAGAAUUAUCAUUACAGAAGGCGCAAUAUCUUAGCAACAAAAUGAGAAUUGAAAAUGAAGAGAAAAGGAAAACCAUAAACUACCAACAAGAACAGGAACGAAUCACAGCCGAAUACAAAACGAGACUUGAAGCAGAAGCAUAUCAGAAGAAGCUACUAGAUCAACAGAAACAAAAUGAGGAAUGGCUAAAAAAUCAACAUGAGCAAUAUUUGAGACAAGAAAAUAUUCGAAAAAGAAAUGAACUGGAAUUAUUAAAUUUAAAAAUGAAACAGAUAAAAGAAGAAAAAUUACUGGAAAGAGAAAACAUGAAGGCAAAAAUACAUGAAGAAAAUAAAGGACUCAUCGAAAGAGAAAGAAAAAACCUUGACAUCCAUUUGAAGACCUUAAGAUUGAAAGCAGAUGAGGAAAGAAAAACCAAGUUGGAAAGUAUAAAUAAAUAUUUUGAGCAAUUUAAUAAUUCUAUGUUUCUAUUUUUAAAUGAUAAAGAGAGAUUGUACCGAUUUGUCUUGGUAGUUACACUUACCUCUGUGGGCAUUUAUACUACAAAACAUACCACUAGAUUGAUACGAUCCUACGCAGAGACGAAACUGGGAAAACCAAAGCUUAUAAGAGAGACAUCCUUGUGGCAUAUUAAUAAAUUUUUUGAUAUUUUUAACUUAAAAAAAAACAUUCUUUUGAUGAAAAAGAUUUUAAAAAAGAGAAACAUAAAGGAAAGUAACUUCUUUAACAACAUUGUAUUAAAUGAAGAAUUACAAGAAAAGCUAAGUUGGUCAAUUAAUAGCUUAACGAAUUCAAAAAGAUACGACCUUUACCUGAAGAAUAUUUUACUUCAUGGUCCGCCAGGUACAGGAAAAACAUUAUUUGCGAAAACACUAUCCCACUUCAGUAAUUUCGAUUACAUAAUAAUUAAUGGAGGUGAUGUAAGUGCCUUAGGUGUUCAUGCUUCUGUAGAGCUGAACAAGAUUUUUGACUUUAUAAAGCGAAGGAAAAAUAAAAAGUGUGUGAUUUUUUUUGAUGAAGCUGAAGCGUUUUUGAGAAGAGGGAGAAAUGAAUCAUCGGCUCAUUUUUCAGAGAGCCUUCGAAAUGCACUGGCUACUUUCCUCUACCACACAGGAACAGAAUCAAAAAAAUUUUGCAUAAUUUUAGCUACCAACUGUAGGGAAAUUCUAGACCCUGCUGUGAUAGAUCGAAUGGAUGAGCAGUACAUUUUUGAUUUCCCCAAAAUUAACGAAAUUAGGAGAAUGCUUUCUCUUUAUUUUAAUAAAUACGUCUUCCCUCUGAAGAAGUACGACAUCGUUGUAGACUCAUCAAUAGAUGAUCUAUACCUGGAUGUUUUGGCUAGUCGUCUCGUUGGUUUAUCAGGAAGACAAAUUUCUAAACUUUGCCUAAACAUACAGAACUGUGUCUUCGGUAGCAAUUCUAAGGUUGUUUCGAAGGACCUCAUCGAUUUAAUAGUUAGUUGGAAUUUAAGCAAUUCCUUUGAAGCUCGCGGGGAAAUGCAGACCAAUAUGCACGUCGCUGCUCCUACCCCAGGAGGAUCUGCCAGUGGAAUUUCGCCCGGUGCCACUAAAGAGGGCGAAUCAAACUCAGGCACAAACUCCGGGAAAAACUCUGGACCAAACAUGGGCAUGGGUGCAAACAUGGAGCCCAACUUGGGCGAGAAACAAUCCAACACGGUGACGACAGCAUCAAUGGCAAGAUCGAUCACAGGACUCAAUGGGGAUGAUUCGAAGGAAGAUAAUUCACCUCAGAUCAAGACCAAAGUAGGGAUGGAGCAUUAA